AUGCUCCAUGUCUUCUUAAAGAUAGCUUUUUUACUACUUUCCCUGGGGAUUCACAGCUUAAAUGCCAGGAAGCACCACCACUACGAUGGCGAGUGUACCUCAGGGGUCACAAUACCCGAUGCCACCCAACCUAUAUGCCGAGUUCACGGAGAUACAGAAAUUCGGUUGAGAUGCGAUUAUUCAAAUUGCCAUUGGAAAGCAUCUGACGGACUUCACCAAUGGGUUCCGUUGAAAGAUUGUCGCCUAAUGGGUGGAUCAAACGAUGGUUUCAGUCAACAACAAUGUGCACAAUAUGAUGCCCUGGGUGGAGCAAAGGGUGGUUAUUCUUGUACCAACCCCCGUGGCAUAGGGUAUAUAUGCGAAUACUAUCCUGCUGGUUCUGUGCCAUUCAUGACAUGCACCCAUUGCACUGCAUGGCGGUAG